AUGGCUUCCCAGUUUCAUCAGCUUCGGGUCCUGGUCUGGAAAAAUUGGUUAGGUGUCAAAAGACAGCCGCUUUGGACACUCGUCUUGAUUUUAUGGCCAGUCAUUAUUUUCAUAAUUUUGGCUAUUACCCGGACCAAAUUUCCUCCAAGAGCAAAACCAACUUGUUACCUUGCACCCAGAAACCUUCCCAGUACUGGCUUCUUCCCAUUCCUGCAAACCCUACUCUGUGACACAGACUCUAAAUGCAAAGACACACCCUACGGGCCACAAGAUCUGCUUCGCAGGAAAGGGAUUGAUGACGCACUCUUUAAAGACAGUGAAAUUCUGAGGAAGCCAUCCAAACUGAAGAAGACCAGCAAUUUACCACUCCAGAGCACUGAAGUUCCAGAAAGAAGGCAUGCAUCACCGGCAUUUCCUAGUCCAAGUUCUCAUUUGGAAAGUGCUGGAACAGAUGCUUUCAGUGGUAGUCAAGUGCUUGCCCGGAUCCUUGGUUUGGAAAAGCUGUUAAAACAAAAUUCAACUGCAGAAGAAAUACGAAGAAAACUAUGUGAAACCUACCCAGGAUAUAUUGCUGAUUACACCUUCACAUGGAACACUGCAGGGAAAAAUGUUUUUAACAAAUUUUGUCUGUCCAAUAUGACCCUUUUAGAAUCUUCUCUCCAAGAACUAACAAACGAGCUCUCUCAGAUGUCAAAUGAUCCCAACAACCAGAAAAUAGUAUUUCAGGAAAUGGUCAAAGUACUGUCUUUCUUCUCACAAAUGCAAGAGAAGACAGCUGUGUGGCAAUUUCUCUCAAGUUUUCCAAAUGUGUUCCAGAAUGCUACAACACUGAAUAAUCUAUUUGAUGUUCUUCGACAUGCAAACAGUGUGCUGCUGAUGGUACAGAAGGUUUAUCCGCAUGUCACAACUAACGAGGGUUUCCGAACUCUCCAUAAAUCUGUUACACAUCUGCUGUACACUCUGGACUCCCCAGCUCAAGGGGUCUCCGAUAACACAACACAUGUGUGGAGUGAGGCCGGCAGCCUGUCCCUAUCUCCAAGCAGCCUGGCUGCACAGCUCCUAAUACUGGAAAACUUUGAAGAUGCCAUCCUAAAUAUCUCAGCUGAUAGUCCUUACGUUCCUUACUUGGCAUGUGUGAGAAAUGUCACUGACAAUUUGGCCAGGGGAUCACAAGAAAAUUUAAGGCUCCUGCAGUCUACGAUUCAAUUUAAAAAAUCUUUUCUUCAAAAUGGCUCCUAUGAGGAUUACUUCUCUCCAGUUUCUGAAGUCCUGAAAUCAAAACUUUCUCAGCUUCGAAACUUGACCCAACUUCUUUGUGAAUCUGAAACUUUCAACUCACUAGAGAAAAUGUGCCAGCAAUCAAAUGUGAACUUUGAGAAUUUGUGUGAAGAGAGUGUGGUUCAUGUGCGACUCCUUGAAGCAGCAGAGCUUGGCACCGAAAUAGCAACUAACUUACUGUACCACGACAAUAUCGUAUCCAAAAAUCUGAGAGAUUUGCUGACUGGGGAUCCAAGCAAAAUUAAUUUAAAUAUGGAUGGGUUUUUAGAAAAAGCUUUGCAAAUGAAUUACUUGGAAAAUAUCACAAGAUUAAUGCCAACCAUGGAAGCUGUGCUGCAUGUUAAUAAAAGUGUAGACACUUCUGAAAAUCCAGGCCAGUUAAUAGAAAUGUUUAAAAAUGUUGAACAGCUGAAAGAUGAACUGAGGAGAACAACAGGAAUGUCCAACAGGAGUAUCGACAACUUGCUGGCCAUCCCAAUCCCUGAUAACAGAGCUGAGAUUAUUUCUCGUGUCUUCUGGUUGCAUUCUUGUGAUGCUAACAUGACUAACCCCAAGCUGGAAGACGCAAUGGAGGAAUUCUGCAGUCUGCCUCUGCCAGAGAGGUCCCGGCAGUCUUACCUCAUUGGACUCACUCUCCUGCACUAUUUAGAUAUUUACAACUUCACGUACAAGGUGUUUUUCCCUAGGGAAGAUCAAAAGCCGGUAGAAAGGAUGAUAGAACUCUUCAUAAGGCUAAAAGAGAUUCUCAAUCAGAUGGCUUCUGGCACCCGUCCACUGCUGGACAAAAUGAAAUCACUGAAACAGAUGCACCUGCCCAGAAAUGUUCCAUUAACACAGGCUAUGUACAGAAGCAACCGGAUGAACACACCCCACGGAUCAUUUAGUACCAUCUCCCAAGCGCUGUGCUCGCAAGGAAUUACCACUGAAUAUUUAACUGCUUUGCUGCCCUCUUCCCAGAGGCAUAAAGGCAACCACACCAAGGAUUUUUUAACUUACAAAUUAACUAAAGAGCAAAUUGCUUCAAAAUAUGGAAUCCCCUUGCACACCACACCAUUUUGCUUCUCCCUUUAUAAAGACAUCAUUAACAUGCCUGCUGGAACUGUGAUUUGGGCUUUCCUGAAACCCAUGUUGCUGGGAAGGAUUUUGUAUGCACCGUACACUCCUGUCACAAAGGCAAUCAUGGAAAAGUCUAAUGUAACUCUGAGGCAGCUGGCGGAAUUAAGAGAAAAAUCUCAAGAGUGGAUGGAUAAGUCACCGCUUUUUAUGAAUUCCUUCCAUCUGUUAAACCAGACAAUUCCAAUGCUCCAGAAUACUCUACGGAACCCUUUUGUGCAAGUUUUUAUAAAAUUCUCUGUAGGACUUGAUGCCGUUGAACUAUUGAAGCAGAUAGAUGAACUUGAUAUUCUAAGGCUGAAAUUAGAGAACAGUAUUGACCUCAUCGAUCAUCUCAACACACUAUCUUCCCUGACAGUAAAUAUUUCCUCCUGUGUAUUAUAUGACCGCAUUCAGGCAGCAAAAACUGUAGAUGAAAUGGAGACCGAAGCUAAAAGGCUCUACAAAAGUAACGAACUCUUUGGAAGUGUUAUUUUCAAGCUUCCUUAUAACCAAAGUCAGCACCGGGGCCAUGACUUUGAAAAUGCCUCUGUUCCUCCUGUCAUAAAAUAUACCAUCCGCAUGAGUCUCAAAACUGCACAGACCACAAGGAGCAUAAGGACCAAGAUUUGGGCUCCGGGACCACACAAUUCUCCAUCACACAACCAGAUCUAUGGCCGGGCUUUCAUUUACUUACAGGAUAGUAUUGAAAGAGCAAUCAUUGAGUUGCAGACUGGAAGGAACUCUCAAGAAGUAGCAGUCCAGGUUCAAGCAAUUCCUUACCCCUGUUACAUGAAAGACAACUUCUUAACCAGUGUCUCUUAUUCUCUUCCAAUUGUGCUCAUGGUUGCCUGGGUUGUGUUUAUAGCUGCAUUUGUUAAAAAACUUGUUUAUGAGAAAGACCUCCGGCUUCAUGAGUACAUGAAGAUGAUGGGAGUGAAUUCCUGCAGUCACUUUUUUGCCUGGCUCAUAGAGAGUGUUGGAUUUUUACUAGUUACCAUUAUCAUCCUGAUCAUUAUACUCAAAUUUGGCAACAUUCUUCCUAAAACAAAUGGGUUCAUUUUGUUCCUGUAUUUUUCGGACUACAGCUUCUCAGUGAUUGCCAUGAGUUAUCUUAUCAGUGUCUUCUUCAACAACACCAACAUUGCAGCUCUGAUUGGAAGUCUCAUCUAUAUCAUUGCCUUCUUCCCAUUUAUUGUCUUGGUUACAGUUGAGGAUGAACUGAGCUAUGUAAUAAAAGUAUUCAUGAGUUUGCUCUCUCCAACAGCAUUCAGUUAUGCAAGUCAGUAUAUUGCACGAUACGAGGAACAAGGCGUGGGUCUUCAGUGGGAAAAUAUGUACAGUUCCCCAGUUCUAGAUGAUACCACCUCAUUUGGCUGGCUGUGCUGUCUCAUUCUGGCUGAUUCUUUCAUUUAUUUCCUUAUCGCUUGGUAUGUCAGGAAUGUUUUCCCAGGAACAUAUGGCAUGGCAGCUCCAUGGUAUUUUCCAAUCCUUCCUUCCUACUGGAAGGAGAGAUUGGGAUGUGCAGAGGUGAAGCAAGAGAAAAUCAAUGGCCUAGUGUUUACUAACAUCAUGAUGCAGAACACCAACCCAUCUGCCAGUCCUGACUACAUGUUCCCCUCCAACAUUGAACCUGAACCUAAAGAUCUCACAGUUGGGGUGGCCUUACAUGGGGUCACAAAGAUCUAUGGCUCAAAAAUUGCCGUGGAUAACCUGAAUCUAAAUUUCUAUGAAGGCCAUAUUACUUCAUUGCUGGGACCCAAUGGCGCUGGGAAAACUACUACCAUUUCCAUGUUGACUGGGCUGUUUGGGGCCUCAGCAGGCACCAUUUAUGUUUAUGGAAAAGAUAUCAAGACAGACCUAAACACCGUGCGCAAGAACAUGGGGGUCUGCAUGCAACAUGACGUGCUGUUCAGCUACCUCACCACCAAAGAGCACCUUCUCUUGUACGGCUCCAUCAAAGUGCCCCACUGGACUAAAAAGCAGCUGCAUGAAGAAGUGAAAAGGACACUGAAUGACACUGGACUGUACAACCAUCGUCAUAAGAGAGUUGGGACAUUGUCAGGAGGAAUGAAGAGGAAGUUAUCUAUAUCUAUAGCUCUCAUCGGAGGGUCAAGGGUGGUGAUAUUGGACGAACCAUCCACUGGAGUUGACCCAUGUUCUCGCCGAAGUAUAUGGGAUGUUAUCUCCAAGAACAAAACUGCCAGAACAAUCAUUCUGUCCACGCACCACUUGGAUGAGGCGGAAGUGCUGAGUGACCGCAUCGCCUUCCUGGAGCAGGGUGGGCUGCGCUGCUGCGGGUCGCCCUUCUACCUCAAGGAAGCCUUUGGGGAUGGGUAUCACCUGACGCUCACCAAGAAGAAGAGUCCAAAUCUAAAUGCAAGUGUGAUCUGUGACACCACAGCUGUGACAGCAAUGAUCCGGUCACACCUCCCAGAGGCCUACCUUAAAGAGGACAUCGGGGGAGAGCUUGUUUAUGUGCUUCCUCCAUUUAGCACCAAGGUCUCAGGAGCCUACCUGUCCCUCCUCAGAGCACUGGACACUGGCAUGGGCGACCUCAACAUUGGUUGCUAUGGCAUUUCAGACACCACAGUGGAAGAGGUCUUUCUGAACUUGACUAAAGAAUCACAAAAAAGUAGUGAUAUGAGUCUUGAGCACUUAACACAAAGGAAAAUUGGAAAUUCCAGUACCAAUGGCAUCUCAACUCCUGAUGAUUUAUCUGUGAGCAGCAGCAACUUCACAGACAGAGAUGACAAAAUCCUGACAAGAGGAGAGAGGUUGGAUGGCUGUGGGCUGUUACUGAAGAAGAUAAUGGCUAUCCUUAUUAAAAGGUUCCACCACACCCGCAGGAACUGGAAAGGCUUCAUUGCUCAGGUUAUCCUCCCCAUAGUCUUCGUAACCACUGCCAUGGGUCUUGGCACUCUGAGAGAUUCCAGCAACAGUUACCCAGAAAUCCAGAUCUCCCCAUCUCUCUAUGGUACCACGGAACAGACAGCUUUCUAUGGGAAUUAUCACCCAGCCACAAAAGCACUGGUCUCAGCUAUGUGGUCCUUCCCUGGAAUUGACAACAUGUGUUUGAAUAUCAGUGAUCCAAGAUGUUUAAAGAAAAACAGUCUGGGAAACUGGAACACAAGUGGAGAACCUAUCACUAAUUUUGGUGUUUGUUCUUGCUCAGAAAAUAUCCAGGAAUGUCCUAAAUUUAACUAUUCUCCGCCACAUAGAAGAACUUAUUCUUCACAAGUAAUUUACAACCUCACUGGGCACCGCUUGGAAAAUUACCUUAUAACAACUGCUAAUGAGUUUACACAAAAAAGAUAUGGAGGUUGGAGCUUUGGACUGCCAUUGACUCAAGACCUUCGUUUUGAUAUAACGGGUGUUCCUGCCAAUAGAACGCUUGCCAAGGUGUGGUAUGAUCCAGAAGGCUACCACUCCCUUCCAGCUUAUCUCAACAGCCUCAAUAAUUUCCUCCUGCGUGUUAAUAUGUCGAGACAUGAUGCUGCCCGACACGGCAUCAUCAUGUAUAGUCAUCCUUAUCCUGGAGUGCAAGACCAAGAACAAGCCACAAUGAGCAGUUUAAUCGAUAUUUUAGUGGCACUCUCCAUCCUGAUGGGCUACUCUGUCACCACAGCCAGCUUCGUCACCUAUGUCGUAAGGGAGCAUCAGACCAAGGCCAAGCAGCUGCAGCACAUCUCAGGCAUUGGUGUGACAUGCUACUGGGUGACAAACUUCAUUUAUGACAUGGUCUUCUACUUGGUACCUGUAGCAUUUUCAAUUGGUGUCAUUGCGAUUUUCAAGUUACCUGCCUUCUACAGUGAAAACAACCUUGGCGCUGUAUCGCUCCUACUUUUACUGUUUGGGUAUGCUACAUUUUCUUGGAUGUACUUGCUAGCUGGAGUCUUCCAUGAAACAGGAAUGGCUUUUAUCACUUAUGUCUGUAUCAACCUAUUUUUUGGCAUCAAUUCCAUUGUUUCCCUGUCGGUGGUAUACUUUCUUUCCAAGGAAAAGCCUAAUGACCCGACUUUAGAACUUAUUUCUGAAACCCUCAAGCGCAUUUUCCUGAUUUUCCCACAAUUUUGUUUUGGCUAUGGAUUGAUUGAACUUUCUCAGCAACAGUCCGUCCUAGACUUUUUAAAAGCCUAUGGAGUGGAAUAUCCAAGUGAAACCUUUGAGAUGAACAAACUAGGUGCCAUGUUCGUGGCUUUGGUUGUUCAGGGCACCAUGUUCUUUUUAUUACGACUCUUAAUCAAUGAGUGGAUAAUAAAGAAACUCAGACUCUUCUUUAGAAAGUUUCAUUCCUCACCUGUCAUGGAGACUAUAGAUGAAGACGAAGACGUGAGAGCUGAGAGGUUACGAGUAGAGAAUGGUGCAGAUGAAUUUGACCUGGUCCAACUUCAUCGUCUCACAAAGACCUACCAGCUGAUCCACAAAAAGAUUAUAGCUGUAAACAAUAUCAGCAUUGGGAUACCAGCUGGGGAGUGCUUUGGGCUUCUUGGGGUGAAUGGAGCGGGUAAGACCACCAUCUUCAAGAUGCUGACUGGUGAUGUCAUUCCUUCAAGUGGAAACAUUCUGAUCAGAAAUAAGACUGGAUCUCUGGGUCAUGUUCACUCUCACAGCUCCUUGGUAGGCUACUGCCCACAAGAAGAUGCCUUAGAUGACCUGGUCACAGUAGAAGAACAUAUGUAUUUCUAUGCCAGGGUGCAUGGAAUUCCAGAAAAAGAUAUUAAAGAAACUGUUUAUAAGCUCCUUAGGAGACUUCACCUGAUGCCCUACAAGGACAGAGCCACCUCUAUGUGCAGUUAUGGCACAAAAAGAAAAUUAUCCACUGCACUGGCCUUGAUAGGAAAACCUUCCAUUCUAUUGCUGGAUGAGCCAAGCUCUGGGAUGGAUCCUAAAUCAAAACGGCACCUCUGGAAGAUCAUCUCGGAAGAAGUACAGAACAAAUGUUCCGUCAUCCUCACCUCUCACAGCAUGGAAGAAUGUGAAGCGCUCUGUACCAGGCUGGCCAUUAUGGUGAAUGGACGAUUCCAAUGCAUUGGGUCUUUGCAGCAUAUAAAAAGCAGGUUUGGACGAGGGUUUACUGUCAAGGUUCAUGUGAAGAAUACCAAAGUGAGCAUGGAGGCCCUGACUAGGUUCAUGCAGCUGCACUUUCCCAAAACGUACUUAAAAGAUCAGCACCUCAGCAUGCUGGAGUAUCAUGUCCCCGUCACUGCAGGGGGAGUAGCAAACAUAUUUGACCUGCUGGAAACUAACAAGACAGCUUUAAAUAUCACAAAUUUCUUAGUAAGUCAGACUACUCUGGAAGAGGUUUUUAUCAACUUUGCCAAAGACCAAAAGUCCUAUGAAACUGCCGAUACCAGCAGCCAAGCUUCCACCAUCAGCACUGACUCGCAGGAUGACCGGCUGUAG